UUCAAACCACGCACAGUGAUACGGAGUACGGACUUAUAAUUUAUGAUAUGGCCUUAUAUUAGAUUUAUAUUUUAUCCUCAGAAUGAAUUUAUUUAUUUUAUAUUAAUAUUUAUUUAGUCAGUUAAUCUGUGAUAUAUCCUCGGACCACGGUUUAAGAAUAUAAUAUAUAGAUGUCUGAUGUAUAGCAAUUCGUACAACCGUACCCACAAAAGUUACAGCCUUAUGAAGUGUAUUCAUUAUUAAAAUAAUUUUUAACUAAUAAUUAACAAAAUAAAUUUAAAUAAUGAAAACGCGUAAGUGUUGUGUAAAAGGAUGCACUAGUGUAAAAAGAAACCCUAAGGUUUCUUUUUUUAGUGCACCUAAAGCUAAUUAUUUAGCUUGGAACUUAGCAGUGAGUAAUGCUAACCGUGAAAAAACAGUUGUAAAACGUGUAUGUGCUGAACAUUUUCGACCUGAAGAUAUAAUAAAUACAUAUUCAGUUCCUGACGAUGUUGCCAAUGAAGUUGGAAAUAGAAUCAAAAUUGGUUUAAAAAAGGGGAGUGUUCCUUCCAUUUUUUCUUCUGUUGAUAAAAAAAGUAAUGAAUUUGUACCUUCUGUCAAUAAUUUGAAUACUGAUCACAAUUAUGCCAAUUGUUCAGUUAGUCAUCAAGUCAAUAAAUCUAAAACAAGAAAGUUAUUCAUAGAAAAUAUUAGAGAAAAUAUGUCUGAAAAUAUUGUUGAGAUAUUGACAUUUAAUGACCUAACAGUACAUUUUAAAAGAGUCAUAUUACCAGAGGGAUGGACAUCACAUUUUAGUAACGAUGAAAUUGUUUUUUAUAAACCAAAAUUCAAUGAUGAUAAAAUGAAAAUAGAAAAACAAAUAGUUUUUAAAAGUACGUUGGAAAUAUGUGUAUAUAUUUACCAAUUUACUAUUCAAACUGAAAAAAUAAGCAGCACAUUAAAAUAUCCAAUUAGCUUAACAAGUCUGUCUCAAUUGAUUAAAGUUCUUGAUUUAAAAAAAAUUUGUGGAGGUGGUCCAAGAUCAAUAGAUUUUCCAGGAGUUCGAGUAAAAACUGCAACCUUGGAAAAUAAUCAAUUGUGGCGUCACCAAAAAUGUCCAAUUUUAAUAGACAUAAAAACAAAAAAAUGUUCAGCCUGCAACUUCUUGAUAAAAUAUUUUGGAAAAUCGUCAAAGCAAGUAAAACAAUCAACACACAUUGGAUGUACUCUUACGCCAACAAAAUGUAGUAUAGUAAAAAAUUUGAAAAGAUCCAAUACAAGGCUAAAGACAACUAUUACAAAGAUCAAUUUUGAAUUGAAAGAGCUACAAGAAAAACAAAGAAAAUAUCAAAUGACUGAACAAAACAAAUCUCAGAUUCAGAAAAUUUAAGUUAUCCUCAAAAACUGUUGGUCAAAGAAACUGUUUCAGUUUGUAUUAUUUUAGAAGAUAAUCAUAAUAUAUGGCUUGACAAUUGGGAAGACCAACUAAAUAAACAAAAUAUUUUAAAAGAAGAAUUUUUAACCAAAUCAACAGUGGAUGGCUUAUGACUAUCAGGUCAGCUAUUGAAGUAUCAAAAUAUUUACUGAAGCAAAUUUAAAUAUGUUUUGUUUUCUAAAUUUAAUCAAGACCAACUACAAUUAAAAAUAACAACUGCAUUUUUAGUUUUAUAAUAAGUAGUUACAAACUACUUCUGUGACCAGCCAAUUAUUAGGAAGAUGUGUACUGCCAACGAGGAUUUAACUUUUAAUUAUUAAUUCAGUUUCAGAUGCACUUUGUUUUAUAUAUGUAUCUUUUAUAUUAGCACUUUUAUUUUGUGUAUUAAUUCUAUUAUAUUUGUAAACUGUUAUCAGGACCUUUGACUAUGGACCAUCUUAAACUCACUUAAUAUUUAAAUAUAUUAUAAUAAA